AUGGCAACCCUCCCCUCCAGUGUUCCCUCCUGCAGAUCCCUGUCAUCCAGCGAGGAUGGCCCCAGUGGCCACUCCAGCCUCUCAGAUGGGGAGCUGGCCCGGAACUUACAGGAUAGUGUCAAGCACCGCAUCCUCUACCUCUCAGAACAGCUGAGAGUGGAGAAGGCCAGCCGGGAUGAGAAUAUCGUGGGCUACCUCAAGCUGGUGUCCAAAGCCGACCGGCACCGGGCCCCCCACAUCCGGCAGGUCUUCGAGAAGGUGAACCAGCGUGCCUCUGCCACCAUCGCCCAGAUUGAGCAAAGGCUCCGCCAGUGUCACCAGCAGUUGCAGGAGCUGGAGGAAUGCUGCAGGCCCAAGGGUUUAGUGCUGAAGGCAGAAAGCAGCCUGGACAAUGACUGUGAACAGCCCAGCGAGAAGGCCCCGUUUUCACAGUCCCCCAAUAAAGGUGGGGAAGACUGCCCGUCCAUCAACCUGUCUGAUGUCAUCAGACAGUUCACUCCAGAGAGUCACUCCCGAGCCUCGCAGCAGGGGAAGUUCUUGGAGACCAAGUGUGAGGCCCAGCCACGAGCCCUGCCGUGGCAGAAGAUGAAGGAAGAGCUGAACAAGGUUAAGACGUUCCACCUCAGCCUGCAGGUGUCCUGUCAGAACCUCAAGGAGCAGUAUCUGACGGACCUGCAGGUGUUGCUGGAGUCCCUCCGGGAGGAGAAGUGCAGACAAGCAUUCCUGGAAGGACAGGUGAAUGAGCACCUGCAGGGGCACCUGGACGAGAUUUACCACCUCAAACAGAAUUUGGCCUGCACUGAGGAGAGAAUGGCCUAUCUGUCCUACGAGAGAGCCAAGGAGAUGUGGGAGGUCAUGGACACGUUCAAGAGCCGUGUAGCCAAGCUGGAGGCUCUGCAGCAGGUGACCCAACUGGAGCUGACAGAGAACCUGCAGCGCCGGCUCUGGGACUUCCUGUGCCGCUUGGCAAGCCUCCUGCUCACGCUGGCCACCGUCCUCCUGGUGCUUGUCUCCAGCGCGUGCGCCUGCCUGCUCCCGCUGCUGAACUCACGGCUGCGCAUGUGCACCGCACUCCUGCUCGUCGGGCUAGGUGCCCUGGCCUGGCAGAAGCGGCACACCAUCCCCACCACAGACUGGCAGGCCUGGGUCCCCUCCAGAUGA